AUGGCUAGAAAACCACUCUACCUCAAUUCAAAGACGUUGACUUCGCACCUGUUCUUCGGCCCCUAUAUCUUCUUCCCUAUCCUCGCUGGACUCACAUGGCUCGGUGGUAUCCUCGCCCUGUUGGGUCUCUGGGUGCAUGCCGGAAAACCACGUUACGAAGCGGAAGAAGCGAGUGUAGUGUUCAUUUCAGACGUCGGCGCUGCGCACCAUAAACUGUUCAUUGGCAUAUGCUGCACUACCGCUGGUCUCUACGUCAUGUCGAUCAUUGCUGAACGAUGGCUUCGACACGUCGACCGUCUUCCGGCAGACAAGCGAAAGCGAGAGAGGGUCUUUGACUGGAUGGCUAUCGUUUUUGGCGCCAUCGGAGCUCUGGGUCUGGUCUUCUUAUCGAUUUUUGACGCUUUUGAUUACCCCAAGGUCCACUGGAGUAUGACCGUUGUCUUUGUCGUCUUUGUCGCUUUGUCUGCCAUCUUCCAAUCGGCCGAGGUGUGGUCACUCUACAAGGAUCACCCUGAUCGACCUCACUUGCUUCGGAACUCUAUCCUCAAGCUGAUCAUUGUCACCUUGGCCAUUUGCACGGCUAUCGCUUUCGCUGUCACUUAUGGCUACUGCGAUGGAAACUCGGUCGCUGUCAAAGGACACUCUGCUGCUAAGUGCAAUCGCGUCACUUCUGCCGCUGCUGCUCUCGAAUGGACAGUCGCAUUCAUCCUUGUAUUCUACUUUUUCACCCUCGCCGCAGAUCUUUGGCCCGCUGGUAAAUCCUCACCGCGAUACAUGCGACGAUUGGCCAAAUGGCAAGAGAAACAUGGCGAAGGAGAUGACUUUACAGGUCGUCGAGCCUUCUCAGAGUACCCUGAACGAUGGCAAGGUGCUGCUGCCAAUGAGGAGGUCGGUGGUGGCGGUGGAUGGAGAGCUAGAGCCGAGAGAAUGAAGAUCGCCUCAAAGGAGAAGAAUCAAGGGAUCGCCCCUGGAAGAGAUAGCAUGGCUAGUGGAGCUCCACUUCGAACUGCAAAUGGUGGCGAUACAAGAGAGCCAUCUGCCGAGACGACCAGGUAG